CUCUCGUCUUGUGGUGGUUCGUCUUCUUUCCCCUCCCCCGGCCUGUGAGGUUACCGCGGAGGAGCUGGAGAGUCAAAGUGGAGCUUAGACACUGGGAGCGACAUGGACAUCCUGAAAUCAGAGAUUCUGCGGAAGCGGCAGCUGGUGGAGGACAGGAACCUGCUGGUGGAAAAUAAAAAGUACUUCAAGCGGAGUGAACUUGCCAAAAAAGAAGAGGAAGCGUAUUUUGAAAGAUGUGGCUACAAGAUACAGCCAAAAGAGGAUGACCAGAAGCCACUAACAUCAUCAAAUCCAGUGCUGGAACUUGAACUAGCAGAGGAAAAGCUUCCUAUGACUCUUUCUAGGCAAGAGGUCAUCAGGAGACUGAGAGAAAGAGGAGAACCAAUUAGACUGUUUGGGGAAACGGAUUAUGAUGCUUUCCAACGUUUAAGAAAAAUAGAGAUUCUUACACCAGAAGUUAAUAAGGGCUUAAGGAAUGACCUGAAAGCAGCUUUGGACAAGAUUGACCAGCAGUACUUGAAUGAAAUUGUGGGUGGUCAGGAACCUGGAGAGGAGGACACUCAGAAUGACCUGAAAGUUCACGAGGAAAACACCACCAUUGAAGAAUUAGAGGCACUGGGGGAGUCCUUAGGGAAAGGUGACGACCAUAAGGACAUGGACAUCAUCACUAAGUUCCUGAAGUUUCUUCUUGGUGUUUGGGCUAAAGAAUUGAAUGCCAGAGAGGACUACGUGAAACGCAGUGUGCAGGGCAAACUGAACAGUGCUACCCAGAAGCAGACCGAGUCCUACCUCAGACCGCUUUUCAGAAAGCUCCGGAAAAGGAAUCUUCCUGCUGAUAUUAAAGAAUCAAUAACAGAUAUUAUUAAGUUCAUGUUACAGAGAGAGUACGUGAAGGCGAAUGAUGCUUACCUUCAGAUGGCCAUUGGAAAUGCCCCCUGGCCUAUCGGUGUCACUAUGGUUGGUAUCCAUGCCAGAACUGGCAGGGAGAAGAUUUUUUCCAAGCAUGUUGCACAUGUUUUAAAUGAUGAAACCCAACGGAAAUACAUUCAGGGACUGAAGAGGUUAAUGACAAUUUGCCAGAAGCACUUUCCUACAGACCCAUCAAAAUGUGUGGAGUAUAAUGCACUGUAAGAUCUGUGUACGGUGUAUGUGGAACAGGAAGCCUCCGCCCGCAGCACGUGGACUUCUGGCCUUACCACAGCUACGAGGGAAGAGUUCCACAGUGAGGUUCCACUUGGUGCAGUUCUUGUUGACUUCAAGAGCUAGGUUGGCUUUCAUAUGGUACCAGAUUGUAAACUAAUUUUUGUGUCUUGAUUUCAUCUUAAUCAGUUGAAAAAUUUUUUAAAUUUUUUAAUCAAAAAUCUUUAAGUUCUAAAGAUGUUAUCCAUAGUUUAAAUGUAUAGACAACAACCACCUCAGGAAAGGGGGUGGGAGAUGACCAUUCGCCAGAUCCAAAUGUGUCAUUGGAUACUUAGAAACAUUUGAGGGUGGCUUUGAACUUUCUGUAAAUUAUUGUGAUUUGCACAUUUUUCUAUGUGGUAUUUAUAUAAAAUAUUUUUUAUAUUUCAACAAAAGUGUAGAACCAUUUAUAAUUUUUGCAUGUUCUUGGACUUCUUUGCCAUCCUGCAAUAGAGUGUAAUGUUAUUGUUAAGUGUUAUUUUUCUUGUGUUUCAGACUUGCUUUUCUUUCUAAGCAGGACAUGUUUGUCACCUUUCUAUAUAGACAGAAUUAAUAGGAGAUAGAAGGUUGAAAGGAAUGAUGGCUAACAUACCAGUGUAAGUUCAGAACACUAGCGCAUGGAGGACAGGGUGAGGAAGUGGGCCAUGGAGCCAGCUGAGAAGGCAGCCUCGUGACUGGAUGCCGGAGAGUUCCAGGCUUUACUGUGCCUCCCUCAGUCCUCACUUGCCUCGAAGGAUGAGGAGUUGCUCUAGGUCUUACAGAGUGGAGCUUUGAUCACCAUGGCCACUCAAUGCCACAGUGCCGAGAGGUCGGGACUAGUUCAGUGAUGUGUACAGAUGGGCUUUUACCUAGCAAGCUGGAUGUGGUGUCAGAGAAGGAAGAAUGGGUGGGCCAAACCAGGACUAACGGCUUCUCAGCACCAUGCUCUAACUACAGCUUUGGGCAAGUGGGUCCAUCUUGCUGAGCUUUGACUUCCUUAUCUGACAGAGAUGAUAAAAAUCUAUACCUCACAUCAGUAUUGUUUAAGUAAGAUGCUGAGCCCACUGCCUAGCUAAUGACAUGAGAUCAUUAUUAUUGCUUAUUACAAUGUAGACCAAGGGCUAUUAUGGGGCCCUGUGGCUACAAUGGGAUAGUUCGUACUCAUGUAACAACAGCAAUUGUAUUAGCAGCAAUAGUAGUAAACAAUGGAAUCAUUGUUAGGUUUUUCCUGUCUUUACUUCCAGCCAAGUCCAAGUUUAGGAGUGCAGAGGAUGGGGCCUGGAGGCUGCUGUAAGUGGUUCAGAUUCACAGUUGCUUAUGCUGGUCCCUCUUGAGAAAGAGUGAAAGUCACCUUUGACCACUUGGAGUCCAGGGUAUGCAUAGAUAGGAUAGUCUCUGCCAGUAACUUGCAGGGUGGUGGCUGUCUUGGGUUGAGUCAGUGUCCCUUGCACUACAGUAGAAGCCUUUUCUUAGGAUUAAAUCAGGUAGAACUUAGGGGGAUUUGACAAAGAAGAAACUUUUAUGAGAUGUGCAGCAAAUCCCUAUUGUGACAUGGGGUUUUAUGAUGAAGGUCUUCUUUAUAAAUCCUAUUGGAAAUGCCCAAGUCACUCAUUCUUCAUCCACUGUUGGGUCUCACAGCAAUGGUAAGUCAUUUUAUGUUGUCUUCCUUUCUGUUGUUAAUAUUCCAUGUAAAGAAGAAACUAUAUCAUACGGCAUCUGUACUUCUAAAAUUGAUCUAUGUGGGCGGGGGUUUUGUUUUUUUGUUUUGUUUUGUUUUUUGAGCUUGUUUUGUUUGCAGGGGAAGUAUGUAUUCUACAGGACUGUGACUUUAGCCAUUCUGAAUUUGAGUGGAGAGAAGCAUGUUCAAGUAUUUGGUUCUCAGUAAAGUUUUUCAUAACUGAAAUUAAAAAGGCUAUGUACAAGUUAAAGAAACCCUAGACACUCUUGGGACAUGUAGGAAAAUGACCUUUCCUUCAAGUCAUGGAAAUUUUACUUUUGCAUAUACUAUAUAUUUUUGUUUCGAAAUUGUUUUUAAAACAAUAAAGACAUACCUUUCCUUUUAAACAGUCAUAACUGUAAGUGACUGUAUCCCUUUCUCUUCUCCCCAUCCUUCCAUCCACAAGAACUGGGAUUCUCUGUAUUCAUGUUUAGUAAACCACCCUUUCCUUAGAAAUAAA